AUGGAGUGGUUACAGCAAAAUACUUUACUUGGUGAUGAGGAUUUGAGAAUUUUCCGCUUCAAGUCUGGGCAAUGUCGUAUCUUCGAGCUGCAGCGUCAAAACGCACAAUCAGGAACGCGAUCUACAACAUUGAAGUCAGAGGAAGACUGGAAGACGUGGCUUCAGGAGGCCGCCUCAACUACCCCCAACAAGAAGCAAAAUGGAUUGGCUAUCCUGUUCGCUGAACGUGCACCAACUAAGAUGCACGACGGGAUGAUCGUGUCACAUCUUCCGAUCCCUCGACCCAUCUUUGGAAGUAUCAUCAAUGCUUUCAACAUCCAUGGUUCAAUUUCGAGGGUAAUCAAUCGCAAUACCAGCGCUGUCUUCUCAGCUCAAUCUGUGAGAGUAUAUAAUUGUCGUUCAUCAGCUUCGUGGCCUGAUGAUUUGGCAACUUCUGUCACAUAUAACCCAGAAACCCAUUUUACCCAGGCCGUGUUUUACGGGUGCAGUGAGGCACGAAUCGAAAGAAUCACUCGGCGUCUGCAGGCCUCGGAUUGCCCGACUUUUCACCCUCUAACCCUUCCGACUAUGUUCGCCGAGAUAGAAAGAGACCGGCAGAUGCAGAUGGUAGAAAAAGUCUUGAAUCGGCUCAUUACAAAAGUUCUCAACAUCGUGAGCAAUCCACUGCCUUGCUACGACACAACUCCUCGAGAGAAGUCUGGGGUAUCCCAUGGUUCCGACAAUGCUGACUCCAUGCGAAUGUGGCUGGACAUUAGUCACAUGAAUAACGGCCUACAGAGCUGGAGGCAACAGCUUCUAGAAAUGCUUGCGCAUGCCCAUGAGCUAUCUGAGAUGUGUAUCUGCGAUGGGAUUGAUCAUGUUGACAAGCUGACAAACUACGGGCCCGGUGUGGUUCAGGAUGCCGUCCAAUCUGAGCAGACGGCUGGGAAUAAACUGAUGAAUGAGGUCGGUGAGCGGAUAAAACAAAGGAUCCGUGAGAUAAUCGGCGAGUAUGAUGAAAAGAUCAGAGCAUGUGCUACUAUUAUGGAAGGCAUGACGCUGGCAACGCAAAUGGAAUGGAGCAAAAUCGGCCAAUUAGACGCAAAAACUACCAUAGAUAUUUCCAAUUCCGCCUUGGAUAUUGCAAAGGCCGCAAGACGUGAUGGGAGGCAGAUGCGGUCCAUCGCCAUGCUGACCAUGAUAUUCCUCCCUGCCACCUUUGUCGCAACUCUGUUUUCAAUGUCCUUCUUCAACUGGAAUCAAGAUGCAGGCAAAACCACGGUGUCUCCUUAUAUUUGGGUUUACGUCGUUAGUACCCUACUGCUGACCGCAAUCACCACCGGAACUUGCCAUCAUUCAUCUCCAUUAGCUCCAGAAUCCAGCCCUUGCGCCAAAACCUCCGCUAUCGGCAGGGACCCAGCCAUGGACGGCGACUCGUCGACAACCCCUAAGCGAUUAGAACAAAAACUUCUAGGGAAGUUUGUGAAUAUCAACAAGUUAAGAAAGCUGCUUGAUAAGAAAUUUGGAGAUAACUACUCUGUUACGAUGCAGUUUAACAAUUUUACCAUCUUUGCUGAUGGGCAGCUAUCAGAAGCCGAAAUAUCCAGUUGUUAUGGAUGA